GAGGAGUGGAGCUGUCUGGGAUCCAGUUCACAAGGGAUUAACUCACAGACGCUUCUGCCAAGUUACGGUCUCUCUGCUGCCACCAGAAAAUCAUAAUGAUGACCACUCUGAGUGACGGGACAAAACUAGACCUCUCCAGACUGACCGAUGAGGAGGCCCGGCAUGUGUAUCAGGUGGUCCAGAGGGAUUUCAGCCUCCGCAAAAAAGAAGAGGAGAGACUGGGAGAUCUGAAGACUAAAAUUGUGAAAGAAGACAGUAAGAGAGAGCUGCUGGGCUACCAGUCCACCCUCAGCGACUCACUCUGUAUACACUGCUUACGACCAUUCAAGUUCCUGCUCAACACUAAACACCAGUGCCUGGACUGUAAGUUCUUUGUGUGUAAGGCCUGCAGCCGCUUCAACAAGAAGGAUAACGGCUGGGUGUGUGAUCCGUGCCAAUCAGCCAGACUUUUGAAAAUCGGAACGCUAGAAUGGUUCCAUGAAAAUGUACGUUCUCGAUUCAAGCGUUUCGGCAGUGCCAAAGUGAUGAAGUCGCUCUACAAGAGGCUUAGUGAAGAACGAACCUUUUCCCAACCAGACCUGAGAGAGGAUGACACCUACUGCCUGCCUGAUGUUCACAGACACUCUCUCUGCAGUCAGGAGGAUGAGCAGUCUGAUCACGUGGGCCGGGAUCACUACAGACUGAACAAGAAAGGCAAGCGGCUGCUCCUAGUCGACCCUCAGGACUUCAAACUUGGGACUGAUCACUCCAUCCACCCUUAUCGCCAUUCUUUUAAGAAUGAGCGGCCUGAUCCAGAGGAGGACUGGACUACCGUGUGUAGGCAGAUCCUUGAGCGUAGACGAGAUGGACUGGAGGAGAAGAAGAAGGGGAUUCACCACAGCAGCCGAAGCCUCGAUAAACCUUUCCACUUUGAUGACUGCACUUACCCUGAGAAUAAGAUGGUACGUGCUUGCUCCCUCUCGAAGAUGAGCCAUUCUUCAGCCGGCAGUGCUAAUUAUGGAGCGUUCCGCGAGCUUCCGUACAGCGUGGAGGACUCGGAGGAGGACGAUGCAGACAGUUACCAAAACUACCUGCCUUCUGAGCCACUGAACUGGGAAUACUCUCCAGAUGGGGUUCCACCACAGAUCACUGAGCUGAACAAGCGUAUGUCAGCUAUUGAAACCCUGCUUGGCCGUUUGGAACAGAAAAUUACUGUACCAAACCACCCGCUGUCUCUACUGGAGCAGACCCAGCCUGCUGAGGAGGCAUUGUCUCAGGCAGACCAGGAGGAGCUGGAGCUGAAGAAGAAGCUGGAGGAGCUCACUGAAAAUAUCAGUGAUAAAUCUUCAGAUGAAGAGGAAAUGAUCAGGCUGAAAGAUGACGUAAAGCCGCUGGGAGGAAGCAGUCGUGAAUGUUCAUUAAUCACGAGAAAAGAAACUGCAGCUCUGGAUAAAAACAGCUUUACCUCGGAUGAGCAGAAGAGGCGGAGUUCAUGUGAGUUGUCUCAGCUGGAGAGCAGGGUGGCCUUGACUGUGGCCAGUGUCCAGAGCACCAAGAGUGGGGUCACGGACAUUCAGAACAGAAUUGCUGUGUUGAGUGCAACAGCUGAGGAGAAGCCCUGGAAGAAGGCACCACUUUCCUGUGAAAGAAGAAUGUCUCAUGAAUUUCCCAUCAGAGCCAGGCACACCAUGGGGUCCCUGAGGAAGCUCAGUAUCAUAUAGAACUGUGUCUGUGGUCCUGAAGAUUCUCCAUCAUGUUUCAAAACUAUAUUAUAUAUAUUAUAAUGCUUUAUAUACAUGACUUGAUGCACAGUAUUAUGCUUAUAAACAGCACAUGCUAGUUUUUUUUGUUGUUUAGGAUUUUUUGUUAUGUGUGGCCGCUGUGGAUUAAAAAGUAUAUUAUAAAUCAUAUUUAAAGCUGCUUAUAUGAGCUAUAAACAUGUUUCAGUGACUUAGAUAAAAACAUUAGCAUUCAAAUAAAUAUAAGCAAAUGUUAGCAUAACCAUGUUAAGACCUAAUUCUGAAUCUGGUCCAUUUAGGCUGUGUUCACAAAAAGAUAAUGUGGCACAAAUCUCAUCUUUUCUGUAAUAUCUGACAUAGAUGUGUCGUUUUUGUGAACAGCAAAACCAUUUAAUCUAAUAUCAAUGUGAUACAUACGUAUGUGGUAUUGAAAUGUGAUAGGUUUGUGCCAAUAUGAAUAACACAGCAAACCAUGCAGAUACCACAGCAACCCAGCAGCCUAUAGUAAUCCGUACAGAUACCACAGUAACUCAAGCAGCCUAUAGUAAUCCAUACAGACACCACAGCAACCUAUAGUAAUCCAUAGAGAUACCACAGCAACCCGGCAACCUAUAAGAAUCCAUACAGAUACCACAGCAACCCAGCAGCCUAUAGUAAUCUAUACAGAUACCACAGCAACCCAGCAACCUAUAGUAAUCCAUGCAGACACCACAGCAAGCCAGCAACCUAUUGUAAUCCAUACAGACACCACAGCAACCUAUAGUAAUCCAUACAGAUACCACAGCAACCUAUAGUAAUCCAUACAGAUACCACAGCAACCUAUAGCAAUCCAUACAGAUACCACAGCAACCCAGCAGCCUAUAGUAAUCCAUACAGAUACCACAGCAACCUAUAGCAAUCCAUACAGAUACCACAGCAACCCAGCAGCCUAUAGUAAUCCAUACAGAUACCACAGCAACCUAUAGUAAUCCAUACAGAUACCACAGCAACCUAUAGUAAUCCAUACAGACACCACAGCAACCUAUAGUAAUCCAUACAGAUACCACAGCAACCUAUAGUAAUCCAUACAGACACCACAGCAACACAGCAACCUAUAGUAAUCCAUAUAUCAAUGUGAUACAUACGAAUGUGGUAUUGAAAUGUGAUAGGUUUGUGCCAAUAUGAAUAACACAGCAAACCAUGCAGAUACCACAGCAACCCAGCAGCCUAUAGUAAUCCGUACAGAUACCACAGCAACUCAAGCAGCCUAUAGUAAUCCAUACAGACACCACAGCAACCUAUAGUAAUCCAUACAGAUACCACAGCAACCUAUAGUAAUCCAUACAGACACCACAGCAACACAGCAACCUAUAGUAAUCCAUAUAUAUAUGUGAUAUAUACGUAUGUUGUAUUGAAAUGUGAUAGGUUUGUGGCAAUAUGAAUAACACAGCAAACCAUGCAGAUACCACAGCAACCCAGCAGCCUAUAGUAAUCCGUACAGAUACCACAGCAACUCAAGCAGCCUAUAGUAAUCCAUACAGACACCACAGCAACCUAUAGUAAUUCAUAGAGAUACCACAGCAACCCGGCAACCUAUAAGAAUCCAUACAGAUACCACAGCAACCCAGCAACCUAUAGUAAUCCAUGCAGACACCACAGCAACCUAUAGUAAUCCAUACAGAUACCACAGCAACCCAGCAACCUAUUGUAAUCCAUACAGACACCACAGCAACCCAGCAACCUAUAGUAAUCCAUACAGACACCACAGCAACCUAUAGUAAUCCAUAGAGAUACCACAGCAACCCGGCAACCUAUAAGAAUCCAUACAGAUACCACAGCAACCCAGCAGCCUAUAGUAAUCUAUACAGAUAUGACAGCAACCCAGCAACCUAUAGUAAUCCAUGCAGACACCACAGCAAGCCAGCAACCUAUAGUAAUCCAUACAGAUACCACAGCAACCUAUAGUAAUCCAUACAGAUACCACAGCAACCUAUAGCAAUCCAUACAGAUACCACAGCAACCCAGCAGCCUAUAGUAAUCCAUACAGAUACCACAGCAACCUAUAGUAAUCCAUACAGAUACCACAGCAACCUAUAGUAAUCCAUACAGACACCACAGCAACCUAUAGUAAUCCAUACAGAUACCACAGCAACCUAUAGUAAUCCAUACAGACACCACAGCAACACAGCAACCUAUAGUAAUCCAUAUAUCAAUGUGAUACAUACAAAUGUGGUAUUGAAAUGUGAUAGGUUUGUGGCAAUAUGAAUAACACAGCAAACCAUGCAGAUACCACAGCAACCCAGCAGCCUAUAGUAAUCCAUACAGAUACCACAGCAACUCAAGCAGCCUAUAGUAAUCCAUACAGACACCACAGCAACCUAUAGGAAUCCAUACAGAUACCACAGCAACCUAUAGUAAUCCAUACAGACACCACAGCAACACAGCAACCUAUAGUAAUCCAUAUAUCAAUGUGAUAUAUACGUAUGUGGUAUUGAAAUGUGAUAGGUUUGUGGCAAUAUGAAUAACACAGCAAACCAUGCAGAUACCACAGCAACCCAGCAGCCUAUAGUAAUCCGUACAGAUACCACAGCAACUCAAGCAGCCUAACCCAGCAACCUAUAGUAAUCCAUACAGACACCACAGCAACCUAUAGUAAUCCAUACAGAUACCACAGCAACCUAUAGUAAUCCAUACAGAUACCACAGCAACCUAUAGUAAUCCAUACAGAUACCACAGCAACCUAUAGUAAUCCAUACAGAUACCACAGCAACCUAUAGUAAUCCAUACAGACACCACAGCAACCCACCAACAUAUAGUAAUCCAUACAGACACCACAGCAACCCAGCAGCCUAUAGUAAUCCAUACAGAUACCACAGCAACCUAUAGUAAUCCAUACAGAUACCACAGCAACAAACACAGAUACUACAACAGCAACUCAUGUAGAUACCACAGCAACCCAUAUAGAGAACACAGCGACCUACACAGAUACCACAGCAACACAUACAGACACCACAGCAGGGGUAGUUUCCUAAAAACAAAGUUGGCAAACACUUUAUAAAUCUCCAGACACUUUCUUUUUUAUUAGAUUUAAUUAGAUUUAAUUUCAUUAGAUGUAAUAAAAAAAAUAUAUAGUUUUUAAUGAUUUUAUUCAAUAAUAUUGUAUGUAGUUCAUUUU